CUUUCGCUGUGUUGUACGCAUUAUCAAUUUACAAUCGAUUUACAAGUGUAUCCACGGGUCUGUUGCACCUAUCAAUCCAGUUUGGAAUGUUCAUUUUUUUCUGUUUUUUUUUGGGAUGGGGAACGACGGGAAUAAAGGCACUUAAAAAACAAUUUACUGCUGCUGCGGGCAGGGUGGUGUGAUGGAUUUGAAAUACAAACAACACCCGUUGCUGUAGCUGUAGCUCUCUCGGCGGGGUUGUGCUAUGAUAACAGCACACUUACGAGCACAAUUACAUACCGCAGCCUCGGUAUGAUAAAAACGAGAGCAGAAACAUGAUGCCAGUGUUAAUUACAAUUCGCUUUCUGUGGUAACACAGCCCCAAACGGGGUUGACGUACGGGGGACGAGAGUUAAAUGGCAGGGGGUUACGUGUGUCUGUCACAUCCAUAUCGAUCACGAUACGAAGGUGCCACAGAACAGACACACUCUGUUAUGAUGCUCCCGUACCUCCAAAACUAGCGACAGGAACAGUCCCCCUUUUACUUGUUUUUAGCGAUGAAGAGGAAAGUGCUAACGAUACCUAAACAGUGUGCGAGAACGGGUUUUGUUUACAUUGUACGUGCCGGCAUAUGGGAAAAAAAGAACUGAAACACAAUGUGCUCUACCGGAAUUUAAAAAAGCGAGAACAUUGGGUUGAAUUGUAGCAUGAAGAGCACUCGCACAGCGUAUCGCAUUUGUUUCGUGACGUGGAAUAGGACGAAAUGUAUGCAAAACACUUGUUCCUAUCACAUUCAUAACUUUUUUCGUCCGUUUCGAUUGAAAAAUACGGCAAAUUUACGAAACUUGUUAGAUAGGCAUAGGCGUAUGAUACUUCUAGUAGAGUGUUUCGGAUAUUCGCCUCUAGAUGGUAGAUAGUGAAGAUUACGAGUAUACUAGCAUGUACGGUUUUUGUACGUAAUAGUGAUGUUUCGUCUGAAGUGAAGAAUUAACUCCGACAUCAACCGACAUCUUCUACAAAAUUCCGAACUAAGUUAGACGAAUCUGGGUGACGGUACGGUUCUUGUACCUAAUAGAGAUAUUUCGUCUGGAGUGAAGAAUUAACUCCACCAUCUCCCGACAUUUUCUACAAAAUUCCGAACGAAGUCGUGCGAGUCUGGGCGACGGUACGGUUCUUGUACCUAAUAGAGAUGUUUCGUCUGAAGUGAAGAAUUAACUCCGACAUCUACCGACAUCUUCUACAAAAUUCGGGACGAAGUCGGGUGAGUCUGGGCGACGGUACGGUUCUUGUACCUAAUAGAGACGUUUCGUCUAGACUCUAGAGUGAAGAAUUAACUCUGACAUCUACCGACAUCUUCUCCAAAAUUCCGGACGAAGUCGGGCGAGUUUGGGCGACGGUACGGUUCUUGUACCUAAUAGAGAUGUUUCGCCUGGAGCGAAGAAUUAACUCCGACAUCAACCGACAUCUUCUACAAAAUUCCGGAAGAAAUCAGGCGAGUUCGAGUGACUUCGGUUGACACUGGACGACUCCAGAUGACUCCAAACGAGUCCAUACAGAUUCUGAAAGCUCUUAUAUACUGAAUCCAAUCCAGAAUUUAAACCACACUCUGUAAUUCCGAACGAAACUACAUGGCGCCGGAAUGACUUCGGAUGACUCCGGACAAUUUUGAAGGACUACGAAUGAAUUCGGACGACUUCGGUUGAAUUUGAAUGGAAUUCCGACAACUUCAGAAUAAAUCCGACCACCUCCAAGAUGAAUCCGAACGACUUGGGGCAUUUCCGGACGACUCCAGCUGAAACCUGGAUGAGUUCGAACAACGACGGACAACUUCAGACAACUCUGGACGAUGCCGGAAGAUAGCCAAAUGAAUUCAAGCGACUACGGAUGAGUUCGGAGGAGCCUGGCUGGGAAUGCAAAACUAACCCAAAAUUGAAAAUGAAAAUGAUCUGUAAUAGUGUCGCCUUGGCAUUCGUUUUUUAGAAACUUUACACAUCCAAUUUAAUUCAAGCUUCUUCUAUUUGGCGUAACGUCCUAUGCGGCCGGCCUAUACAGGCUUUCGAGACUUAAUUCAUUACCAAGUAGCCGGAUAGUCAAUCCUUGUUACGGGGGGACGGUCCAUUCUGAGCUUGAACCCAUGACGGGCAUGUUAUUGGUUGUAAUUCAAACUCGUUUGGAUUGAUUUAAUAUCAACCGAGCUCGUUCAGACACGGUCGUUCUAGCUUGUGCCUGAUAUAAUCUGAAAAUACAAGAGCCGUUAGGUAGGACCUAGGUGUCUAGGUAAAUAUAGGUGUCCCAUUUUGAGCAUGUUCAGCAUGAAAAAAGCAGCCUCUUUCAUUUGCACAGCAGUAUUUGCUUAAAAUGAGUACAUGGUUGUGAAGUUUUCUGUUUGGCCCAGCCAAACAUUACGCAAUUGAAAGAAAGAAAUGUGUCUAAAAUUUAAGUGGUAGGUCUGAUUAUAGACUGAUACCUUAAUGGCAAAAGAGGUAUUGCAACGAUCAUAGGAAAAGUGAAUACUCUUCGCGAUGAGUUGCAAAAUUCAACGCACCCGCACAAUCUUGCUCAAACGCAGAGUGGUUCUGCGUCUCCUGGGUGGAUUUGUAGCGAAACGAUGAUUAUUCAAACAGCAACAGCUAGCUCGUAAACCAGUUUUCAUUUUUUGGGCAAUGACGAUGGCCCGUUACCCUCCAACACACACACACUUGCCAGGACAAGGGGGUGUGAUGAGCGUGGAACGGGGUGUAUGCAAAAAAGAAGAACCAAAAUCACCCAUUGUCGAUGGGAGAAGCACCACAUAAACUGCUGCGUUAUGUCGACCCUUUGCUCAAAUUGAUACAGUGGCGGAAUGGCCGACCGUGCAUUUCCCCUUGCGCGCGCGUACGUAGCCCAACACGGCGAGCUUUCCCAAUGGAUAUAUGAGCGCAAAUUAUGUUUUAGAUUGUUUCUUUUAAAUGUUUUUCUAUUAAUUUUAAUCCGGAUUUGAAGUGCAGAUGGGGUUGGGGUUGAAAGCGAAACAAAACGGAAACAUAAUUAUAUUAAAUGUUAUAAUCCAUCGAGGGAGGGCCUUUGGCGAAAUUGAUAGCACCAUGCGCGUUAGCCGCGAGAGAUGCUGCCGCUUGCCGCGUACCUUGCCAUGUGUUUGUCCACCGCACCCCCGAAUUGCACCCCUUAAUCCACAUGAUGGAUGUCGGGGGACAAAACCUUGAAGUCGUGUCGCAUUGCUCUCGCUCUCUCUCGCUCUCUUCUUUGCGCCACCAACGUUGUUGGCCACUCCACAACUCCAGACAAAACAAAGGAGAAAAGAGCAAAGGAAACGGCUAUGCGAAACAUCCGAUCCUCACCGGCUUUCACACACACACACACAUGCCCGUGUGUUGCCAUUUUUCGCAAAGGGCAGCAAAAAAGCAGGGCAACCAGGGCACGAUGACAUUAAUGCUCGGAUGUACGAAGAAGGUAGCAAAACGUACGCUUCCCCUGUUUCACACAUCCGCUUACGGUUUCCGAGUAAGGGUGGCCGUGCGAGUAUGUGUGUGUGGCUAUGUCCCCUGUGAUAUAACCACUCCGAGGGCAGUGGUUUACCUUCGCGAGGAUGAGCAGUGUUACGGUGGACGUGAACGGAUUCAAACGUUCGCAAUUGUUGUUACAUUGCUCGUGUGAAGCCUUUUUUUGGUUUGUUUGGAAGCCGUUAAACAUGGAACUUGUCAUUGUACCUUGCUAUCGGUUUGGGUCAAAAUCUAGCACCGGAUUGCCAAGAGAUCUGCACGAGAACAACCUGGACGUGGCGAGCAUCGUGACGACGGCGGCCACUGGCAGCGCGAUGGCCGCGAUGGUCAAAGCCAACGAACCGCCGACCGUUGAAGGGCAGCAGCAGCUUGAUCAGCAGCUAUCGAACGAACCCUGCCCAUCGACCAGUACCGGUAAGGGAGGGCAGCAGCAGGCCGGCACGCCGCAGAUAGUGGUGGGCACGAUAGAGCUGAACAAUUUAAAUGGGGACAUUGCCAACCACAAGCAGGAAAAGGAGAUCGGCACGAGCAACCAGUUCGAGACGCUCACCCUGAUCGACGAGGACGACGAGGAGGAGCAGGAUCGGAACUGCUCGAACGCACACUCCUCCUCGUCGUUGCUUUCCUCCAACAACGACAAUCGGUCGGCGGAGGAAAAUAACCUGCACAACGCGUCAACGCUCGCGAUCGGUGAGCAGCACCGGCGGCGCAGUCGUCGGCGUAGCAGCCAGAAGGAUCGCCGCAGUGCCGAGGACAUCGAUUCGAUCGAUCAAGCCGACAGUGCGGUCGAUGUGCGGCACCACGAUGAGGAAGAACCGAACGUGUUCGAUGAUGAGGUGCGGGAAGAGGAUCAGAAGCAGCAUCAGCAGCAGAAGGCGGGCUCCAGUCCCAAUCCAAGUGCUGCCGCUGUUCGCCGGCGCAAGAACCAACGGCAACGAUCGCGCCAGCGAAGAUCACCGGCCCUAGCGCACCGGGAUCAGGUGGAUGGGGGAGAUGGCGAGGAGCAGAAGGAACCGUACGAGAAGGCCGUUACCUGUUUGUACUGGUCGCUGGCGUGCUGGGAUUGUAACAUUUCUUAGAGCAGUUCGGGGCAGCUCUUGCCUUCUCAGGUUCUCCUCGAGCAUCGGGAGACACUUUAGUUUUAGAUAGGGUAGAGUGUAGGACAGCAGCAGCAAUGUGUUUGCCACAGCACGGACAGCGUUUAAAGGUGACCCGAAUGCUCAAAGCGUGCACCGGAAGGGUUGCAAUCUUUAAAAAAACCCGCUUCAGAUAGUGAUAGAGUGAGGAGGCGGAAAGCACAACUUAAGGCAGCUUUGGAAAAACGAGUUUUGCACCAAUGUGUGGGGGAAGUCUGGGUAGUAGUCAGCCGCUCAGCAUGAAGCAAUAUAUAGAAAUCUCAGUAUUUUUGCCUUUUGUACACACCUAAGCACGUAAAUGAGCGCAGAUUUAAGUACUUUUUUGACAAAAUUUACACCAAACUAAGGAUUGUAUGUGUGCGUUUUGGAAAAAAAACUAAAAAAGAUGCAAUGGACGUAAUUUAUAACAAAUUUUAUACAAAAUUCUACAACUUUUGAAUCAUUUACCGGUUAGUAUAAAGGGAAGCAAAUUGUCAAAGUACUUGGAAACGAUGUAAAUUAUUCUGUGCAUCCCAUCCUCCCCACGAAAGAGUGUGAGUGUACACCGAAAAUGCACUAUUUAUGAAGGCAGUCAAUAAAUGUAGUGAUUAGAUUUUUGUAUAGAAACACAGCAACACAGCAAUACUGGAA